CAUUUAAAUCCCUCCCCGGAUUUGACAAACGCACGCACGCACGCACGCACCUUGUCUUGCUUGUAAACAGAAGCUCACACGUGACACCGUCGCGCGACCGCAUUGUCUGCAAGCGGACAAAGAGCAACGGUUAGUUAUUACCGAGAAACGGGCAGGUGGUGUCAUGACAACAACGGACAUUAUGGAUCUGACUUUCCUCCGUGGUUUGCGCCGCUGUGUGCGAGCUCGUACGGCCGCUUGAACUUCUUUAAUGUCUGGAUCCCAAAUCCGGCCGUGUGGAGGGAUAACGACGUUGGCUGCGGUGUUUUUUCCAGCUCACACGCAGCUGGCAGCGGGUAAACAAAGCUGGACCGCCUUUAUUUCCCUUCUUAAUUUAAAUAGUUGGAGGAUUCACUUCACCUGCGUCAAAUCUUACUUUUCCAGCUAACGUAAGCUAACUGUUAGCGUCGACAUUAGGUUUUUUUUAAUUUAUUUUUAGCUAAUCUCUUUUUUUUCACUGGCUGCAUGAGAUGUCAUUCACGAUGGAGGAUAACUUGGAAUCCGAGUGGGUGUCCGUCAGACCGAGAGUCUUCGACGAAAAAGAGAGGCAUAAAUUCAUCUUUAUCGUGGCCUGGAACGACAUCGAGGGAAAGUUCGCCAUAACCUGCCACAACAGAACCGUCCAGAGGCGGAGUACCGUGCUGUUGGACCCUUUCAUGGACCUUCCUGCCCCCGGUACUUCCGUGGCAGAGAAACACACAAAAAGUAAGAAAGAUGAAGCGUGCCAAGUGGGUAAAGUAAGACUACACACUUUACCCAAAACAAAGCCUGUUAUUGGUGACAAAAACGCUCUAAAACCCGUCUGUUCAAAGACCGAGUGUGUCAGUCCCACACAAGGGUCCUGGGAUAUUGUGACACCGAAAGUAAUAGAUAUCGAGAUCCUGGACCCCGCGGAUGUCCCGCUUUCCCCGGAUGAUGCUGACCUAGGGGACUGUGAGAGCAGUGACCGGGAGGACUUCAGCUGGGCCGGGCUGUUCUCCUUCCAGGACCUGAGGGCAGUGCACCUCCAGCUGACCGCCGUCAACUCGGACUUGGAGCCGUGUUUACCCUCCUUUCCCGAGGAGCAGUCCGGUGUGUGGUCGGUGAUAUUCGGAGCCCCAGGUGUGUCCCAGCGGGAGACAGACGCCCUGUGCUACCAGCUGCAGGUGUACCUGGGCCAUGCCCUGGACACCUGCGGCUGGAAGAUCCUUUCCGAGGUGCUUUUCUCCGAGAGCGAAGACACGGAGGAGUACUACGAGAGCCUGAGCGAGCUGAGGCAGAAGGGCUAUGAAGAUGCUCUGGAGAGGGCCAAAAGACGCAUGCAAGAGGUGCUGGAUAAACACAAAGCCCUGGAUAGCAUGGUGGAGCUGCUGCAGGUGUACCCGGAGGAGGACGAGGCGUAUGGAGAGCUGCUGGAGGCGACAACCCAGCUCUACCACUACCUGCUGCAGCCCUUCAGGGACAUGAGGGAGCUGGCCAUGCUGCGCAGACAGCAGAUUAAGAUCUCUCUGGAGACGGAGCGCCUGGGUCCUCGCCGGCUGGAGGGCCUGAGGAGAGAGGACGAGGAGUGGCAGAAGAAAGCCCACGCCGCCGUUCUCUCCAUACAGGACCUGACUGUCAAGUUCUUUGAGACCACCACUCGCGCACAGAAAGCUUUGUUUGAGCGGAUGCGUGCUGACCAGAAGAAGUUUGGGAAGUCUGCUUGGGCAGCAGCGGUGGAGCGGAUGGAGCGGCUGCAGUACGCCGUCUCCAAGGAAACCCUGCAGCUGAUGAGGGCCAAGGAGAUCUGCCUGGAGCAGAGGAAACACGGCCUGAAGGAGGAGAUGCAGAGUCUGCAGGAGGGAGAGGACGCCAUGCUGCGAGUGGACCAGCUGGAGGCGCUGUACUACGAGCUGCAGCUGCAGCUGUACGACAUCGGGGCGGAGGUGCUGCGCUGCGAGGAGCUGCUGCUCAACUCCCAGCUGCAGAGUCUGCGCAGGCAGAUGACAGAGCGGCAGGAUGAGGUGGUGUACUACGAUGCCUUUGAGAGCCCAGAUGCCAUGAAGGGUGAGGACGAUCACACCACCCCCCCGUCCCCCCUCCGAGACGAAGAGCUGAGCGUUCUGCAGCAGAAGACCCGGCAGCUGGAGGCCCGCAGGGGCCGCAUCACCACCAAGAAGGUCUACCUCAAAAACAAGAAGGAAAUCUGUAUUGUCAAUCACAACCAGAAGAUACAACAGCGAGGCAGCCAUGAUGAUUCCCCGCAGACACUGCAACACACGAACACGCCAAACCAAGCCAUCACACUUUACUACAUCAGACCAUCUCUGUCACUUCCUAUAAAGGGAGGAGCAGCUGAGGAAGACGAGGCCAGGAGCAACGCCAGAGUGAGUCAGGACAGACAGAGGACUCUGGACAGACUGCGCAGCCUCAAGCUGCGCUACCCGGGCCAGGUGACCCUGAAGUCCAGCCGGCUGCAUCAGUUCCAGCCUCCCAGCCGGAGGAGGGGGGGGGCGCCAGCCAGCACUCACUCAGCUAGCGUCCAGACGGACUGCUCCAAUCUCCCCCUACUCUCCGCCCUUCCUCCCCCCGCCCCCUUCAGCUGCGACAGCGUCUCUCUACCCACAGUUCCACUGGGGAACCUCGACACGCAUCCCUUCCUCUCGCUGCCACCUUUUCCUCCUCCCCCACCCCCCCCUCCUCCUCCAACUCCCCCCUCAGAGGAGCAGCAGCAGGGUGAGGGCAGGGAGAAACCCCCCGGCCCGGUGCGGCGUCAUGAACGACAGUCUGAGUCUCUGCCUCUGGCCCCCUUCUCCCCUCGGUUCUUCGACAGCAGUCAGCUGCAGACGGCCAGGAAGAAGCUGAAGAAGACAUCCUCACUGGACUCCACGCAGUGGAGAGCAGCGAGCUCCCCCAUGGACGAGGUUCUGAACUCUCUGAAGCGCGGCUGCUUCCACCUGAGGAAGGCGGAGCUGCGGGUGCUGGGCCCCGACCCGGACGACGACAGCACCAACAUCCUGGCUCAGAUCCGGCAGGGCGUCCGGCUGAAGAAGGUUCUGGCCCGGCCCGAGCAGCAGCGGCAGGCCAAGAGCUACACACACUCCGCCGACGCUCUGACCCGCAGCAUCCACGAGGCGCUGCGCAGGAUCAAAGAGGCGUCCCCCGAGUCUGAGUCCGAGUCCGAGGACGAAGGCCUGCCCUGCACCGACUGGGAGAUCUAGAUCAGCUCAUUGGACGUGUGUGGAUACGUGGAGCCAAAAUGAGGAGAAAACAAGCGGACAAGCCGGGGUUAAACCACCUGGAGAGAUCUCGGUGCACUUUGAACAGAAACCCUUCAUUUUUUAUAUCAGAAAACCGCUCAGAAGUGUUUUUUGUAUUCAUACUUCUGUUUGUAAAGAUGGACCACUAAUCUUUGUUUUGUAUGUCGUUGCUGUGGCAUUCUUGGCGAGGAUACAACCUCUAACCUCUCAUGAAGUCAGUCCUCUCGCAGAGUCCUACUGUAGCUUGCUGUGAUGGGUUUGUUUUAGAAAGUGAGUAUUUAGUUCUUCACCUUUUCUCAGGCUUACACCAACACAGUAAGCAUUCUGACUCUUCUAUGAGUAUAUGUGUGCUGUACACUUUUACAGCCAACUAUGUUCCAACCAUUUGUACUGUAGUGUAUACUCCAGUGCAUUCAAAUGCAUAAACGUGUGCACCAUGGGAAACCUUUCAAAGGAGAAUGGUUUGACAUUUUGGAAGGGAUUACUGCUAGCUUUAGCUCAGCAAAAACAGAUACAAAAAAAAAAGUAAUUCCCAAAAAUGUUACAUUUAUACUUUAGUUUGCUGAUUUGGGACAUCCUCCUGUCAAGAAGAAAACAAAAAUCAUGUCAAACAUAAAAAUAAUAAUCUAAUACAUGGAAAAAGUGACAUAAAGAGUAAGAUGUGAUAUAACAAGAGCAAAGGAGUUUGGAGGAAGGAUAUCAAACUACAAUUUCAAUCUCCACCCUCUGUUUUUGAAAGUUAGUUAUAAUCUCGUCACAACUCAUCUAAACAGAAAGACAUAAUACACACAUAUAUAUAUAUAUAUAUAUAUAUAUAUAUAUACUUUUCAAAUGCCAACAAACCUCCAUAUUUCUGCUGGAUAUAUCUAAUUCAAAGACACAAUGUUAAGUUGUGGCCCACAGCUCACUGACUGACUUACCGCCCCAAGGCUCCAUGGGAAAUGCAAUUCUAAAACUUAGAGCAUAGUUCUAAUAAUAGUGGUGAAAAGAUUCUAUAAAUAUUUAACGUAUACUUUUAUUAUUGUCACUUUGAAAACAGCUGAUCUAGUUGAACUGCUGUGUCUGAUGGGGCUGUAGAUUAUGAGAGAUGAUGAGAUCCAAAUACACGUUAUACCUGCAGACUUUAAGAAAUAAAAAGGUUUUCAGAUAAUCAACAAACAAACAAACAUCUGUUGACUUGUGCGUCCUCUGCUUUCUCUCAUCCACCGAUGCCAUCAUGACCUAGUCAGUAUUUUUGACUAAAUAUAUCAAAUAUAAUAUAUAUAUUCAGGACCAAUUGAAACUAUAACGAUUACUUGAAUCUAGCUUCGGUCGCUCUCUGUGAUGGGCUGAAUUUGCUGCCACACUUGAGAGUGAAAAUGAAUGGAUGGUUGUAAGAAUAUAAUGUAUGAAGAGGAUUCCCUUAAAGAACACCAUUAACCUCCAUCGUGAUCAUCCAUUAUAACACAUUACCAAUCAAUUACUCCUCAAGAUCCAAAUACAUACGACCAAAAAGAAAACUAAAAUAGUAUAUUUACAAGUUGCAACAAGUUUUUCAGACAGAUACAAAUCUACUUUAUGGACCUCUACUGUUAAAAUAUGAUGUGAAA